AGCGACGCAGCCAAAAACUCUUGGAUUCCUUGCCUACUGUACUGUGGGGUGUUCAAAUCUCAGCGAGGGAAGGCGGAUCUAAGUUUAAGGGGCUGCGGAGCAAUGGAGGCGAAUCCCAUCUAGCAAAGGGUCGACUUUUCGAGCAGCAACGAUGUGCUGGAAUCAUCUCUAAAUCUCCAUGGCAACAGCACAGGCCUCUCAUGUGACCUGUGACCUCAGCCAUUGUCUGUUUGAUCCUCAUUCUCUGGAUUCUGAGCCUGACAACAACUGUGAUAUGGGCAGCGUGGGCAGCCUAGUAGAGAAACAAGAGUUCUCGCCCUCUGCGUCAGGAGGUCUGCGACGGAUGCGCCAGCCAGAUGGGUUGCUCCGGAAAGGAAUACCACAACAUGAAGUCUCUGGCUACCCAUAUGGGGGCAAACGGGAUGUUCGGGCUGAGAAGAAGCAUCAGUCAUCUGGUGGUGGCUUUAAACGGGAUUAUGAGAGUGACCGGGAGAACCAGUCCCCUGAGCGGUAUUUCCAGGACAAUCGAGGAGCAGAUUUUUCCAAGAGUUCUUUGCCUGAACGUGGACGCUUUGACAAGUGUCGGAUCAGGCCCUCAGCUUUCAAGAUGGUGCCCGGGAGGAGCUUAUUGUCUAUGCAGGGAUUGUCAUGCAGCAAAGGACAGAAGAUGUCAAAGAGCAAUGGGAGUCUGCAUACACUCUUAACCCAGAACAGUACCGGCAGCUCCUCACAACGUGGUCCUCUGCGUAGCCAUCUGCUGCACACCAUCAGUCUUGAUGAGGGCACAAACUCCAUUCAAAGCUUUCCCACAUACAAUCCCCGCUUCAAGCCUGGUCCGAAUCAGCUGAGUGCUUCCAUAGGACACAUCAACCACAUCGGUGGUUCCUUAGAUAGGGCUUCUCGGGGACCACAAGACCCUUUGGCAGUAGAGAAAGCACCACUGUCUUGCAAGAGCCUGAGCCGACUACAGAGCUCAGGGGAACCACCCCCUCCAUAUGAGCCCACAUAUUCUUUGGAAGAUGUAGUGAAGCAGCUUGAGGACCAACUGUGUGAGAAAGGCAUGGAGCUCCGUCAGUUUAAGAGAAAUCUAAGUGAGACUGAUGACCCCUUCACACAGGUGUUUGAAGACAAACAGCGUCUUUGGAUGGAAGAGCUAGAUGAGCUAAAGCAGAUGUAUGUGGCCAAGCUGCAACAGGUAAUGCACCAGGCCCAGCGCAGCCAGAGGGCACUUCAACUACAACUCUACAAAGUACAGCAGGAAAAGAAGAGGCUGCAAGAAGAACUGGACCUUCAACAGAGCCACUGUGAAGAGCUGAGGCUGCAGCAGCAACAAGCAGAACGCCUCAGUCCGAAACUGGAGGAGACCAAAUGGGAGGUGUGUCAAAAAACUGCAGAGAUUUCAUUGCUGAAGCAGCAGAUCCGAGAUACCCAAGAAGAGAUGGCCCAGAAACUGGGUGAAAUCUUCAGUUUGAAAACACAGCUGCGGGAGGCUCGAACACAGUUGGAAGCCAAGGACUCACAACUGGCACAGUUGGGGGACUCCUUCCAACACUUGUCAGAUCAUGGUUCCCCUAUUCCUUCUUCCAGGGAUUCUCCCAUGCAAGCGAGCCAGGACUUUUUGGGUUGUGAAACAGAUGAUUCUAAAUGUCGGGGACUGCAAGGUGAGAGUGCAGAAGGAACUGAGUGGCUGUGGGCAGAAUUGUUGCAGGAAAGGCGGCAGGCCCAACUGCAAGCUGUAAACUUUGAGCAGGAGCGAAAAACAUGGCGAGAGGAAAAAGAAAAAGUCUUGCGCUAUCAGCGUGAGAUUCAGGCCAGCUACAUGGAGAUGUACCAUCGAAAUCAGGCUCUGGAAAGGCAGCUGAGUGAAUUUCGGCAGUUCCCAGCUGAAUCCAGAAAUAGCAAUUCAGAAUCACCUUGGAUUGAGAGAGCUGAAUCUUCUAAAAUCUGAGCUAUGUUUGAGAAAGAUCUCCUGCUGGGAUUGCAAAUGGGCAGAAGCCCCAUACUGCAACAUGGACUCUGAGAUUUGGUAGAAGAAAUGUCUAAGCUAAAGAGCCGGUUAACCCAGCCCAGAAAUUUGUUCCUGUAGUAACAUCCAGGAUUUUGCAGAUUGCUGUUUGUAGAAUGGAAUCACGGCAAAUAUAUUUAGAUUUUUUUGCCAAUCCAGGUAGGCUGUUGCCUCCGUACCAUUUCUAUGUUGGAGAGCAAAAGGCUUUCCUUUUGUAUCCUGCAUGGGGACAAGGCUGGCAAUGCCUGUCAAUACAGAAGUUUCUUUUUAAAUUAUGAAAUGUGAAUUAGCUGUAAUUGGGAACUAUGGCUAACCUUCCUGAUAUGGCUCAGUGGGGAAAACAAACAGAGAAUAUAUAGGUUAUUCCUUACUGAGGUUUAGCCUUCCCAUUAAUUGUUUGAAAUUUGGCUUGCUGUGCUUGAAGGAAAGGCAUAAAAUAUCUACUCUAUCAGGAAUCCCACUGUAUAGCAUUUGUUUUCUAUCUAUCUGGCUAGGCCUCAUGCUGUUAAGGUCAAAGCCACAGGUAUAAUGUGAUUGUAUGAUCUUGUAUUGUAAGAAAGAUCCUUCUUUGGCUCUGGAAAACGAAGCAGCAACUCCAGUUCCAUUGGCCUAUGAAACAAAAGCACAAGCCAAACCAUUCGGGCUCAGCCAUCAAAAUAACCAUAGGACAAUGUUAUCUGGGUUAUGGUCAGUUUCUCCAUAAUAAUGAGAAUGAAACUGUGAACAUAUUUGUUCUGUUGCUGCUUGGUGUCAGUUCUAGGUUUGAAGGUUCUUGCUAACAUAAUGAAUUUUGAAAUGGAAGCACAACCUGGCAAUGUAUUGCAUAAAAUAUUUGCCUAAAUA